GUCACAGAAGCAAGAUCGAAGCAGCUGAAUUUAACAUCUGAAUAUUUGCGGCGGCGUGUUUUGGAAAAUUUUCAAGUAUUCAAAAUGUCUUUUAAGACCAUCAAUGUCCUUAGUCCUGCGGCUUCUCAGAGAAACUCAGAGAGCUGUGAUAUCACCACCAAACCCAAAAACAGCUUGGGAGAGCAUCGCAGCAUGCCUGCAAAGAGGAAGGCCAGCGCAAUGCCAGAGUCCCCCACAAAAAGGCGGAGGUGUGCCAGCGGACCCCCUCAGCUGGCAUUCCAGGCUGUCCAAGCAAAAAGUGGCAAAAGGAAGGCCAGCACUGAAAGGGGGACACCAGGAAAAAAACUCAAGUGUGAACCCAGCUGCACAAACUCCAGUGACACCAUCAGGGGGGCUAACUGGAAGGAGAAGGACGGAGCUGAGAAGCUGCCGGAAUCAGAGACUCCUGGGAGAGCAAACAGGAAGCGCGCCCGUGACCCCUCCCCAGGCUGCAGCAGCCCAUCAGCCUCCGUACCAAGCAGUGGGAAGGCAUUCCUCCCAUUCACACGUGACAGAGCUCACUUUGAAGCAAAGUACACGGAGGAUUACCUGCUUGGAGAAGGAGGCUACGGUUCAGUUCUUGCUGGGAAGAGAAAGGCCGACUACUUACCAGUGGCCAUCAAACACAUCAAAAAAGACGAUGUGGAGCGGAAUCAAGUGGUCAUAAAUGGGAAGACCUACGUGGUCCCACUGGAGGUUCUCCUUAUGAUAAAAGUCGGAGGUGGACCAGAGUCAGUAGGCACUCAUGCAGCGGUCUCAAUACUGGACUGGUAUGACCUAGAGCAGGAGGUCCUCCUGGUGAUGGAAAGACCAGUCCCCUGUGUGAACCUGCUGACCUACAUGCAGAACAAUGUUGGACCCCUGGAGGAGCAUGUUGCUAAGAACAUCAUGAGGCAGUUGGUGGAUGCAGCCAUAAAAAUGCACACCAAAAGAGUCUUUCAUCGCGACAUCAAGGCUGAAAACCUGCUCGUUGAGACCAGCUCCAGUGACCUGCGAGUGCGGGUCAUCGACUUUGGAUGUGGCUGCUGGGUGCAAGAAGAGCCAUUCACCAGCUUCCUUGGAACCUCAGCAUACGCCCCUCCAGAGUUUUUCAUAUGUGGGAGGUAUGAGGCUGCCCCCACCACAGUCUGGCAGCUUGGCACGCUGCUUUACAAAAUGCUGGACAAAGACCACUAUUUCACCACCUUCAUGUUCCUCCGUAGGAACAUUUCUUUUAACAAUGACCUCUCCCAAGACUGCCGGAACUUUCUGGAGCAAUGUUUAGCUCUAGAACCAAAAGAGCGGGCCACCUUAGAAGAGAUUCAGCAGCACCCCUGGCUGCAGAAUCAAGCUCAAAGCACACCUCAACCACAUGCCGAGACGCCUGGUCUUUAAGCUCUUUUAUUUCUUUACUUAUUUGUGUUUUGUUUAUUUACUUUUGUUUGAUUAACUACUUGAUAGUUACCAGUCGCGGCAGAUGACUGCCCCUCCCUGAGCCUGGUUCUGCCGGAGGGUUCUUCCUAUUAAAAGGGAGUUUUACCUCCCCACUGUCGCCAAAGUGCUUGCUC